AUGUUUGUGAUAGCGGAACCUUUUUUACGUGAUGAACAAUUGGAUGAUGUUAAAAAAAUGCUUGGUUUUAAUUAUGGGUUUUCAAAUGGUGUGUGGAACGGUAAAUUGUGGAUAUUGUGGAUGAAUGAUGUUAAUGUAAGCAUGGUUAGUUGUGGAACUCAGCAAAUUUUUGUUCUUGUGGCUGUUGGUGUGAUGAAGUGUAAAAUUUCUUUUGUGUAUGCUAAAUGUUUAUAUGAGCAACGGCGGGUGUUGUGGGAAGAACUUGCCAGGGAGAGCAAUUCAAAUGAUCCUUGGUUAGUAACAGGGGAUUUUAAUAUUAUAGCAAAUGAUGGGGAGAGACGUGGUGGUAGGCCACGACCUGUGGUGGCUAUGGAGGAGUUUAAUUUUUGGAUACAUAAUUGUGGAUUAAUGGAAUUAAAAUUCUUGGGUAAGAGUUUGUCAUGGUGUAAUGGGCAUGCUAGUAAUACACGGAGUUGGGCUCGUUUGGAUCGUUCCUUGGUAGAUCAAAAUGUUUUUGAUGCUUUUUCGGAUUCAGUUAUGAGAUAUUUGCCUAGUACGGCAUCAUAUCAUGCUCCUAUGGUCAUUUCGUUGGUGAAGAAUGUUGAAGUCUAUGGGCCAUCGCCAUUCCGUUUUCAGCAAAUGUGGGUGGAUUAUGUUGAUUCUGCUAGAUGUGUUCGUGAGGCUUGGGAUCAAACUGAUGUUGGUGGUGCUCUUAUGAAACUGGUGGCAAAACUAAAAAGGGAGUUGGAGGAUCGAAUAGAGAGGUUGGAAGAGCAGUUGCAAGUGAGGUAUGAAGAAGAAGUGGUGCUUGACCUGUUGGCUUCAAAGAUGGAAUUGGAUACCUGGACUCAUCGUGAAGAAAUUCGGUUGGCUCAGUGUGCUAAAGUUAGAUGGUGGAAUCAUGGUGAUAAAAAUUCCUGGUAUUUUCAUGCUAUUCUCAAUAAAAGGAAGCAAGUAAGGAUUAUGGAGAUGAGUCUUACAAAUGGUACUAUGUUAAAGACACCACAAGAAAUUCAUGAUGGUGCCGUGAAAUAUUUCAUGGAUUUUUUGGGACAGUCUACUAGUGUAGUACUUUCGGAUUUGGGGGAGUUAGUGUCUAAUGUGAUUUCGGAUGAGGAUAAUUUGAGGCUUUGUUCUUUGCCUACAAAAGAAGAGGUGAAACAAGUAGUCUUCAGUAUUCCUAUAGAGAGUAGCCCAGGCCCGGAUGGAUUUGGUUCUGGUUUCUAUCGUGCUUGUUGGGAUAUUGUGUGUGUGGAGGUGGUGGAGGCAAUAAGGAAUUUUUUUAAGGGAGUUCCUCUUCGCAGAUUCUAUAUUGCUUCUUUUGUCGUGCUUAUUCCAAAAAUGUCUCAGCCGAUGGGAUUUGAUAAGUUCCGUCCUAUCAGUUUAUGUUCCGUUUUUUACAAAAUGUGCACUAAGGUUUUGGUGGCAAGGCUUGCCCCUUUAUUGCCUGCUUUGAUCUCCUCUAAAUAG